CGCAUGCGCACUUUUGACUCCUGACUGUAGGCUAAAGGAUGCGAUGGCAGCUGUGCUAACGUGCUGCUGCUGCUGCUUGGACAUUUUAGAGCAAAUAAAGUGAAAUAAACUAUACAAUUACAAUGAAAUUAACUCGGAAACUUGUCCUGGCGCGGGCCAAAGCUUCGGACCUGGAGAGUGUGAAAAAGCUGAACUGCUGGGGCUGCAACCUGACAGAUAUCUCAAUAUUCUCAGAAAUACCCAACAUUGAGGUCUUAACAUUAAGUGCCAAUAAUAUAUCCUCCCUGGAACACAUCUCCAACUGUCAGAAUCUGACAGAGCUCUACUUGAGGCGGAAUAACAUCCAGAACCUCUCAGAGCUUAGCCACCUCCGAAACCUUUCCAGCCUCAAGGUUCUGUGGCUGGCAGAGAAUCCAUGUUGUGAAGAUGACCCAGUUAACUACCGUCUGACAGUGCUGAAGAAUCUGCCUGGCCUGCACAAACUGGACAACCAGGUUGUGACAGAGGAGGAACUUGCAAUUGCUUUGGAAGAAGGUGAAGAAAUGGUCACCCCUCCAGAUCCCAUUUCAGCCUGUUCCACCAAUGGCCUUACAGAAGCAGACUCUGAGAAUGACCCCCUUAAUUACAGUAUGGAGGAGACCAAUAAAAUCCGUGCCCAGCUGGGAAUGAAGCCAUUACCAAGAGAUAAAUUCCCAUCAUUUUCUUCCCCACGAGAACCAGGAGCUACCCCGAAGAAAAAGAGUCACACACUGGACGCUGUGCUGUUACUGCUGAAGGACCUGGACGUGGAGGAACUAAAAAUUGUUCAGAGCGCAACAGAAACUAAACUUAGAGCACGGACUCGACAGAAGGAGAAGGAGAAAGAGAAGGAAAAGGAGAAGGAGAAAUCUCUGAUCACCCAGCACUGAAUCUGCCCAAAGAACAGACCAACAAAAAGUGCAUACAGAUCCACCAGCAAUCAUGUAAUGAGUCACAUUUAAUAACGAGGGCUAAAGUUUUUGAAAUCCAGUUAAAGAUGUUUACAGGCCCAUAAUCAUCAAGUGUAUCAGAGUAAGAACAGUGGUCUAAAGUUAAGCCCAAUUACUUGGGCAAUUACUUGCGACCCGAGCCCGUUUCAGGCUUCAUGUAGAGGAUGAAAGAAAUAGCCAUAGCCAUAGCUCAAGAUUAUUAUGAAUUUGGUGUCUCAUAAAACUUUAUCUGUUUUGUUGAAAAAAUUAAAUGAGCAUAACUCCAUUAUUUUGAGGUAAUAAGGAUGACUGGAACUAAUAAGGAUAAGGAAUAAGUAUGACUGGGCUUCCAAAGUUCAGUAUUAAAAUAUUUGGAAAAAUAGGGACAUCCAUGCCAGCGUUCAAAUGUCCAUGUCCUGCCGUAAAUGUAUAUAUUUGAGUUCAGUAAAGCACCCAAAUAGGCAUCUGUAAACUCUGCUUUGUACAGGCACACUCCUGUAUAUGGCCUUGACCCUAUAACCACCAAGUGACUACAAGUUCAUUACCAAUAGGCUAAUGCAGUGUUUCUCAAUCCUGAUCCUGGAGCCGCAUGUCCUGCAUAUUUAUUGCUUUCUCCUCUUCCAGCAUACCUGAUUCAACUAGUCAGCUUAUUAACAAGCUUAACAGAGUUACAGGGGGUGUGUUAAAGCAGAAAAACCUUAAAAAUGUGCAGAGUGUUGUCAAGACCAAGACUGAGAAACACUGAGCUUAAAUGUAGAAGUGGCUUAAUGGGUUUGUCUAAUGUUGUCUGUGUUAAUGUUGUUCCCCAACCAUGGCUUAUUAUUUUUUGGAUUUAAUUAUGGGGUUAUUAUAGUUUUUUUUUUUUUGUUGUUGUUUUUUUUAAUUUAGCAAAAUUGGUAAUAUGACAGUUAUUUUUUAUAUUUGUAAUUAACUUUAUUUUGAUGAAUGGACAUACAAAAUUUCUCCAAAGUGUCUUGGAUUAAUAUCUUUCUACACAGACUUCCAUUGAAUGUUAACAGUUUGUGCAACAGUGACAAUAAGCAUGUAUGUAUUUAAGCCUGCCUUCUGUUUGACCAGGUACUGUUUUGCAUUAGAAUCACAUUUCACUAUGCUAAAUCACAGAAUUUGUAAUUGCUUUGCUUUGAGAAAAUGUUUCAUUCAAGUGUAUUUGCUACUUGACUCUUUAAUAUCUGUAUUUGUACAUGUAAAUAAAUUGCAAUGCACCUUA